GAACAUUUACGUUGUGUACUCUCAAUUAUUCUCGCAUAAAAAUACAUUUCGCAAAAAUGUGUAGUGCAUUGUAACGGAACUUUUUUUGUAUUUUUAUAGAAUCUUCUAAAAUGGCUGCUUGUGUAGCUGUUAUUGGCAAAGAUAAUUCUCCAAAAUUUAUCAAAAUAUAUCAAUGUACGGAUGAAGCUGCUGGAUUGCAAUUUCAUUACAAAGUACAUACGUCAAUUGAUAUCAUAGAAGAAAAGCUGAAUAUAGGGAGUAAAACGACAGUUGAUAUACGUGAUUUAUACUUAGGCUUGUUAUUUGCGACUGAAGAAUACAAAAUAUAUGGUUAUGCUACAAACACAAAGAUUAAAUUUGUUAUAGUAUUGCAAUCAUCUAAUGUAUCAUUAAGGGAUAACGAAAUAAAAAUGAUUUUUAAGAAGUUACACGCUGCAUACUCCAAUGCUGUUUGCAAUCCAUUUUACAUUCCAGGUGAUGAAAUAAAAUCCAAGUCAUUUGAUACAUCAGUGCUGGAAAUAAUGGGUGUUAUAUAAUUUACAAAGAUAUUAAAAAAUAAUUAAAGAAAUAUUUCACACACAUCGUUCCAAAAUGUAUUAUUCACAUCAUACAAAUGCUUUAUGUAAUUGAUAAUAAAUUAUAUAUAAUAACUUG